AUGAGCUACUACAGCGGCUACUUUGGAGGCCUGGGCUAUGGCUACGGAGGAUUCAGAGGACUGGGCUAUGGCUAUGGAGGCUAUGGCUGUGGAUGUAAUAGCAUCCGCAGACUGGGCUAUGGCUGUGGCUUUGGAGGCUAUGGAUUUGGCUCUGGCUAUGGAGGCUAUGGAUUUGGCUCUGGCUAUGGAGGUUACGGAUAUGGAUGCUACCGCCCUUCAUGCUGUGUAAGAUAUGGGUUCUCCAGCUUCUACUAA